GUCUUUCAGUCCAUAGGGCAGAGCUGAGAUCGCGCAGCAUACACAAACGCACUGGAAGCGCUUGUGUCGCUUCUGUUCUCUGCUUAUCUCAUGCGGUAGCCGGAACCUCUCCCACUGGGCGCACAGAAACAACAAGCAGAGAGCAUACCCGCCCCUCUGCUGCUGACGACGAUACGACUACGACGCCCACGGCCACUACCGGCAGCAUAGUGCAGCCAUGGCCUCCUACGCGGCGAUCACGAGUGGGCCGAGUGAGCAUGGAGGCUCGAGACCGGCAAGCACCUCUUCGCGCUCUGGCCGUAGCUCUCGACAUUCAAAACAGAACGGCGCAGGUGGAUCAGCAUCUUGGCUGUCUUCCGUCAUCAAUCUCGUAAACACAAUCGUGGGCGCAGGCGUCCUCGCCAUGCCUCAUGCGCUAUCCAACAUGGGAAUCACAUUGGGCACGAUGGUCAUUCUAUGGGCAGGUCUCACGAGCGGUUUUGGAUUAUACUUGCAGACGAGAUGCGCAAGAUAUCUGGAUAGAGGAGGCAGUUCGUUCUUUGCUCUCAGUCAGAUCACAUAUCCGGGGGCGGCCGUGAUAUUUGACGCUGCGAUUACGCUGAAGUGCUUCGGCGUGGGGGUCUCCUACCUUAUCAUAAUUGGCGAUCUCAUGCCUGGAGUUGUACGAGGGUUCGCAGGAAACGUCGACGAUAAGCUGUACUUGGUGGACAGGAAGUUCUGGGUCACUGCCUUCAUGCUGGUUGUGAUACCACUUUCAUUUCUCCGAAAGCUCGACAGCCUGAAGUAUACAUCAAUGGUAGCCUUGGUUUCGAUAUCUUAUUUGGUAGUCUUGGUGGUAUACCAUUUCAUUGCGAAUGAUGCUGGACAUGAAAAGGGGCCAGUGAACUGGGUGAAGUGGCAUGGGAUCGGAUCCACCCUGUCGAGCUUCCCCGUGAUUGUGUUUGCAUACACGUGUCAUCAAAACAUGUUUUCCAUUUUGAACGAGAUCCAGGACGCCAGCCCGAGAAGGACAACCACAGUAGUCACCGCCAGCAUUGGUACUGCAGCAGCCAUUUACGUGCUUGUCGCCAUCACUGGCUACCUCACAUUCGGCGACAAUGUUAUAGGUAACAUCAUCGCUCAAUAUGUGCCCAAUGUGGCCUCCACAAUCGGCCGUGCCGCAAUUGUGGUGCUGGUCAUGUUCAGCUAUCCUCUUCAGGUGCAUCCAUGCCGAGCCUCGCUGGACGCAGUGCUGAAAUGGCGACCGGUCAACCGAUCGAACCAGGAAUUCACGCCCGUAGCAUCGUCUCGCGGAUCUCCAUCGCGCCACUCACUGCUGAGCGGUAAGGUGCCAGUAGGACGACCAGCGCCGACAGAGAUGGGCGAAGUGCGCUUUGCAAUCUUGACGACAUUCAUCAUCAUCAUGUCAUACAUCGUGGCCAUGACGGUCAGCAGCCUGGACAAGGUCCUCGCGUAUGUUGGAUCGACUGGAAGUACAGCUAUCUCCUUCAUCUUGCCUGGACUUUUCUACUACAAGAUCAGUGCACCAGAGUCGCCUCAUCACCAACGGCUGCUGAAGGAUGAGGAGGACGAGGAGGGCGGAAUGAGUCACGGACGACAAGUGAAGAGUGAACUACUGCGCAAGUGUAGUCUUGCAUUAGCCAUCUACGGCCUCUGCGUAAUGAUUGUGUGCCUGAUGAUGAAUAGCAUAAAUAUCGCGCAUGGCCGGUAAAAGGCUGGAUGGGCUUGGCGUUUACCUGUUGUGGCGUUUCCAUCAGCAGAUGCCGGACUGAACUAGACCAAUUCGAUAAUAGAUUAAUGGCAGAG